AUGGCUACUUUAGAAGAAUUAGAUGCGCAACAGUUACCAGGAGAUGAUGAAUUGGAUCAAGAGAUCCUAGGGUUGUCGACACAAGAGUUACAGACUAGAAGCAGACUUUUGGAUAAUGAAGUACGCAUAUUCAGAUCUGAAUUACAACGAUUAGGUCAUGAAAACAAUGUCAUGUUGGAAAAAAUCAAAGAUAAUAAGGAAAAGAUUAAGAACAACAGGCAGUUGCCCUAUUUAGUGGCUAACAUUGUGGAAAUUAUGGAUAUGGAUGAAUUAGACGAUAAAGAGAACAGCGAAGCUGUCACACAAACUGGGAAUUUAAAUUUAGAUAAUGCUGCUGAAGGUAAAGCUGCCGUGGUGAAGACGUCUUCUAGACAAACUGUUUUUCUACCAAUGGUUGGACUUGUAGAUCCUGACAAGUUAAAACCUAACGACUUAGUGGGUGUUAACAAGGAUUCUUAUUUAAUCCUGGAGACCCUACCAUCUGAAUUUGACUCUCGUGUAAAGGCGAUGGAAGUUGAUGAGAAACCAACAGAAACUUAUUCCGAUGUUGGUGGAUUAGAUAAGCAAAUUGAAGAAUUAGUGGAAGCUAUUGUGCUCCCCAUGAAACGUGCAGAUAAAUUUACAGAUAUGGGUAUUAGAGCACCUAAAGGUGCUUUGAUGUAUGGUCCUCCAGGUACUGGUAAGACUUUACUUGCUCGUGCGUGUGCGGCUCAAACAAAUGCAACUUUCUUAAAGUUAGCGGCUCCUCAAUUAGUUCAAAUGUUCAUCGGUGAAGGUGCCAAGCUGGUCCGUGACGCCUUUGCCCUUGCAAAGGAAAAGGCUCCUUCCAUUAUUUUCAUCGAUGAAUUGGAUGCUAUAGGUACCAAGAGAUUCGAUUCUGAAAAAUCCGGUGACAGAGAAGUCCAAAGAACUAUGUUGGAAUUACUUAACCAGUUAGAUGGGUUUGGAUCUGAUGACCGUGUUAAGGUGGUUGCAGCUACUAACAGAGUCGAUGUUCUUGAUCCUGCUUUGUUAAGAUCUGGUAGAUUGGAUAGAAAGAUUGAAUUCCCAAUUCCCUCAGAAGAUUCAAGAGCUCAAAUUUUACAAAUUCAUUCCAGAAAGAUGGCCACAGAUGAUGACAUAAAUUGGCAAGAAUUAGCAAGAUCAACAGACGAAUUUAACGGUGCUCAAUUGAAAGCCGUAUCGGUAGAAGCAGGUAUGAUUGCAUUGAGAAAUGGUCAAUCAUCUGUGAAACAUGAAGAUUUUGUGGAAGGUAUUGGUGAAGUACAGGCAAGAAAAUCUAAGUCAGUUUCCUUCUAUGCAUGA